UCUCCUGGGAAAGGUAGUUUGAACGGCGUGGGCAGCUUGCGCAAGCGCAGAGCCGUGCCGAGCCGACCCCCCCCCCCCAACCCCUUGGGUUCCGAGAACCGGGCAGGGGGAAGAGCCGCCUUCCUGAGGCUCCCGGCCACGCGGCGGGGAAUGACCCGCGGCACACGCAGCUCCAGGCUUUCCUGGCCUUGAGGCGGCCCGGAGCAACAUGUGCUGAGGGCAGAGUCCCGAGGACGGAGCCUCUGGGGGAAGGCUUUGGGGUUAACAGGAUCCAGCUGUCUUCCUCAGAGAGAAGAAAAACAAGACAGAAGGAAGAGCUCCCUCAGUGUGAGGACUGGGAGGGGAGAUCUCUCUGCCUUCCCUGGACCUGAGAUCUCUCUGCCUUCUGGGAGCCAGGUCUGCAUGUGCAGGUGCCAGGUCAGCUUGCAGACAAUUAAAAGCUAUUCCAAGGAGAGAGCCUGGAGCCAGAGAGAAUGAUCCCGGGGACCCAGAGACCCCCAUCCCAGGAGUUGGUGACAUUCAAGGAUGUGGCUGUGGAUUUCACCCCAGAGGAGUGGGGCCUCUUGGACCAUUCUCAGAAAGAGCUGCACAAGGAGGUCAUGCUGGAGAAUGCCCAGAACCUGCUCUCUGUGGCAAAGACAUGGAAGAAGAGGAAAGGAAUUCUGGGCUCCCAGUAGCCCGGUCCCAGGAGUUGGUGACAUUCAAGGAUGUGGCUGUGGAUUUCACCCCAGAGGAGUGGGGUCUCUUGGACCAUUCUCAGAAAGAGCUGCACAAGGAGGUCAUGCUGGAGAAUGCCCAGAACCUGCUCUCUGUGGUCCAGAUGUUUGAAAAGGAAGAGAAUGGAAUAAGCAUUCAUAAUGGAAUAAGCAGUCUUGCUGCACAUCAGAGAAUCCACACUAGAGAGAAACCUUAUGAAUGUAAUCAGUGUGGAAAGGCUUUCACAUGGAAAGCCAGUCUUCCUGCACAUCAGAAAAUCCACACUGGAGAGAAAACUUAUGUAUGUAAUCAGUGUGGAAAGGCUUUCACACAGAAUUCCAGUCUUGCUGCCCAUCAGAGAAUCCACACUGGAGAGAAACCUUAUGCAUGUAAUCAGUGUGGAAAGACAUUCACAUUGAGUUCCAAUCUUGCUAAGCAUAGGAGAAUCCACACUGGAGAGAAACUAUAUGAAUGUAAUCAGUGUGGAAAAACUUUCACACAGAGCUCCCAUCUUGCUGCACAUCAGACCAUCCACACUGGAGAGAAAACCUAUGUAUGUAAUCAGUGUGGAAAGGCUUUCACAAGGAGCUCCAGUCUUGCUGCACAUCAGAGAAUCCACACUGGAGAGAAACCUUAUGGAUGUAAUCAUUGUGGAAAGACUUUCACAGACAGUUCCAAUCUUGCUGCACAUCAGAGAAUCCACACUGGAGAGAAAUCUUUUGUAUGUAAUCAGUGUGGAAAGGCUUUCACACAGAGUUCCAGUCUUGCUGCACAUCAGAGAAUCCACACUGGAGAGAAACCUUAUGUAUGUAAUCAGUGUGGAAAGACUUUCACAGUGAGUUCUAAUCUUGCUAAGCAUAGGAGAAUCCACACUGGAGAGAAUCCUUAUGGUUGUAAUCAGUGUGGAAAGGCUUUCACAUCAAGUUCUACUCUUGCUGCACAUGAGAGAAUCCACACCGGUGAGAAACCUUAUGAAUGUAAUCAGUGUGGAAAGGCUUUCACAUCGAGAUCUACUCUUGCUACACAUCAGAGAAUCCACACUGGAGAGAAACCUUAUGUAUGCAAUAAGUGUGGAAAGACUUUCACAGUGAGUUCUAAUCUUGCUAAGCAUAGGAGAAUCCACACUGGAGAGAAUCCUUAAGAAUGUAAUCAGUGUGGAAAGGCUUUCACACAGAGCUCUAAUCUUGCUGCACAUCAGAGAAUCCACACUGCAAAGAAACAUUAGGAGUAUAAUCAAUGUGCUAAGACCUUCAGGCCAGAAUCUUCUCUUAUUCUCAUCUGAGAAUUCAUAUUACAUAGAAAUCUUAUCCCUGUGACAAAUGAGGAAAUGCCAGCAGUUGUUGUUUAGAGCUUGUUCAAAAUUAGAGAAUUCAUUUUGAUGAGCAGCUGUAUAUGAACUUAGUGUGGGAAGGAUUUCAGGCAGACAUCAUGUCUUUAUCUCAGAGGAUUCACUGUGGAGAAAAGACUCAGCUAAUGUGCUCAGGGGCAUUUGUCUGGAAGAGGGUGAUGAGUAGACAACAUUGAUCCUGGAAUGUAGGGGUCUAAAAGCAGUGUUUGUGGAAGGAGCUUCACCUGGAGCUCAUACUUGACUGUACUUUGGGACAAUCAUGCUGGAGAUAAAACUUAGGGAUCUGCUUAACAAGGGAAGCCCUCCUGUUCCAGCACAGACUUUGUUGGAUCUCCCAACAAGAGACCUCAUGAAACAUCCCAAAUUUCAUCCUGUUUAUAGUAAUGAAUUUUCUGAACUCCUACUGUUUGUCAUUCCUCCUCAAUAUUUUAUAGUAUUCAUCUGCUCAUCAUUUCUUCAGCCAUUCCCCAGUUAAUCAGUAAUCACUUUGUUUCUUGCUUCUUGCUGCUACAAAAAUGCCUGGUAAGAGAGUGGGAUGAUAGAGGGGUCCAUCUGCUGGAGAAGACAGGCUGGAAUGGGGUCAGGAAACUGACUUAGUGUUGUGAGAAUAUUAUUACCAGGGCGCCCCCCACCCUGCUGAGAGAGCAAGGGUUGACCUUUCUAAGGCUAGUCCAGUGUCCCAGAAGUUACCUCACCAAACCUUGUUCCAGCCAGAGCAUCUGAACUCUGACCUAGGUAUGUUCUGUUCAUGGACCCCUUCAAAUCACAUAAAUGGACUUGAAUGCUACCAGCCAAUUAGCUUGGAGCAGUGUGUGGGGAUCAACUCUUCUUGACCCCCAGGGAGCUUCUGAUUAGAGAGACACAGGAUCUUUCUGUUGGUAGCCUAUGUCUGCUAGGUGGAAGCAGCUUUCUCUCUCUCUCUCUCUCUCUCUCUCUCUCUCUCUCUCUCUCUCCCCCAUAGAGCUCUAAGGUAGGUUUGUUUAUUCUUUCAGAGACAUGUGUUCUCUCUUUGCUAAUCUCUAAUAUACUUUAAUAAAUGCUUAAUGCCUAGCUAUUGCUGAAGCUUCUAAUUUAUAAGUAAAUCCCAGAUAGCUUUCCCCACACUGGGGGACAGAUAAGGUGACCACACAUUUAGGUUUACCCAUCACAGUUUGGCUGAUCGUGAAGGGGGUGCUGAACCCCUCAGUCUUAUCUUCGCUGCAAAAAAUGUGGGUGAGAAAUUUUACAUUUCUCCUAUAUGCCUGUCCCUUUAAAUUUCAUAGUGCCCGCUAAAUACCUGCUUUUUUCCCUUUAAAUUUUCAAAUGGGUUUCUUUAACCACCUAAGGAGCCCUUUUCUAACUUUAGCCUGGUUAAGCAGACAAGCAGGGGAAAAGAUCAUGUUAAUACUUGGUCAGUUUGAAUUUAAUAAAUAUUUUUUUAUUUCUAUUCUUAUUUUUGCCUGGCUUUGUGUUGUGGUAAGGAAAGUUUGAAAGUCAAGAAGAGCAUUAGAAAAAGCACACCCAGUGAAAUUCCCCAGGAAUCUCCAUUAGGAAAGCUAACUCAUGGAUUGGGAUGAGGGGAAACACAGUGAAAUCUAACUUG